AUGAAGGUGUCCUCCCAAUUCAGACCACAAUAUUCAUGGUUAGGAUGUGCCCGUUCGGUUUUUGGUUAUUUACACAAUGAAACAGUCAAUAUUCAAACUCACCUUUUCGGGGCUCUUGGAUUUUUGUUCCUUCUCUUCGAUGCGCAAGAAACAGAGUCUAGCUAUAACACAUUGACCUGGCGAGACCGUGUUGUGUUCAGGCUGGCCAUUAUCGCCGCGAUAGUUUGCCUCGCUACAAGUACGCUAUUUCACACAGUUACUUGCCAUUCCCCCAACGUUGCAAAGAAGUGUAAUGCUUUAGAUUACACAGGGAUUAUUGUGGUGUCCGUUGGGACAUUCUACCCGACCCUUCACUAUGGCUUCUUUUGUGACUAUUACUUAAAGACCGUUUAUAUCACCUCCAUUACGGUCGGAGGAGCCGCCUCCGCCUAUGUAGUCUUGCAGCCAGACUACGCGACUCCUGCUUACCGUUGGGCGCGUACAUCCGUCUUUUAUGCGCUCGGAGUCGUUGCGCUUGUCCCGCUAGUCCAUGCCUAUUUUUCAUAUGGCCUGGAGCGAAUGCAGAAUGAAAUGGGGCUUCAUUGGCUUUUAGCAUGCAUUUGCUUCUACGUAGUCGGAGGAAUGAUUUAUGGCUGUCGCGUUCCAGAGCGUUGGAUGGCUGGUACGUUCGAUUAUUUUGGAGCAUCGCAUCAGAUUCUCCACAUAUGUGUCGUAUUGGCGAUGUUGUCGAACUACAAGGCAAUGUUGACUGGACUGGAGUAUUGGCAUGGGAAACGCGCGGGAACAUGUGGUGUGAAAUUGGGCCAACUCGACCUUCACUUUCGCGCCACCACGAUGUCAUAUAUUCUUAACCUACCACUUGAUAUUCUCGCUAUUAUAAUUGCCCACGUUGAGCCCCAUGAUCUUUGUAGAAUAGCUCUCGUAUCGCGUCUAUUAAAUAGCCUUGCCACUCCCAAGAUAUAUGAAGAAGUGAUAUACGGCGAUGCACUUGCUCAAAACUGGGGAAAGGUUUUAUGCCCACUCAAGACAUUGAACUCACGCCCAGACCUACUGGUUCGCCUUAAAUCGCUAGACCUCACCAGUGUACCUUGGGAUGAACCAGAUAAAAAUCACUCUGCGCCGGAGUUCUUCGUGAGCUAUCAAGAGGUUCUAAAAGCUGCGCAGAACCUACAGAGGCUGGCUAUUGGACGAUAUGAAGACGGCUUCUUGGGCGAACUUAUUUGUACUCCCAACGAGCUUAUUUCCUCCGCCCAGGACCAACCCAAAACCCGCGGAAGCGCGCUUCUCCAUCUACCCAGCUCAACAGAGUAUUUGUUGCUUCGCCAACCGGGCGAGAGUAUCAUUCAUGGACUGGUCACUUUGGCUAACUCUUCCCAGCUCUCUGGACUGACUAACUUGCGCAUUAUUGCGAAUGAUUGCCUUCUACCUGCCGGAUUGUCGACUAUUCUAACCAACACACCCAAUUUGAAAGCGUUGGGCAUUAUCAGAUGCGCCUGCAUUACGCUUCCGAACUUGUUGAGUAGUAUUGGACAUCUAAAACUGGACAUGCUCGAGUUUGGAUGGGCAAGUCGUAAUGGCGGGCUUGAGAGGUCACAAAUUUCAUUUCCAAGUUUGCCCAUGCUUCGUGAAAUUUCACUGAGAAAUAUACCGGUAGUUUAUCCAGGUGGUUUCCGACACGAUCAGUCUCGAUCUGCGACUAAAGAUCAACUGCUAUACGUACUUGAUAACAUAUGCUGCGCAACACUAUCGGUGUGUGGCGACCUCAAAUCCGUUUGGUCAUCGCCGAGCUAA